AUGGCCUCCGGAGACCUGGCUGUAGGAAUCUUCUUCAUGUUACAGACUGCCCUGGGAAUGCUGGGGAACUCGGCCUUGUUUUGUUGUCUUAUCGUUGCUGACUUUGCUAGAAUCAGGGCGAAGCCCACAGACCUGAUUGUCAAACACCUGACCUGGGCCAACUUCAUAGUUCUCUGCAAAGGAAUCCCGCAGACCACUGCUGCUUUUAGUCACACUUACUAUGUAGAUUAUAUUUCAUGUAAACUUGCCUUAUAUUUUCAUAGAGUUGGCAGAGGAGUGUCCCUUAGCUCCACAUCCAUGCUGAGUGUCUGUCAGGCCAUCUCCAUCAGCCCCAGCAAUUCCAAGUGGGCACAGCUCAAGGUCAGAAUCCCCAGGAUCACUGGUCCUUCCCUGGGACUUUGCUGGGCCCUCCAGCUGUUAUUAUAUGUCUUUCUUCCCAUAUACACAACUGAUACAUGGUAUGGAAGAAAUAUGACUGGGAUUAAAGAUUUUGGAUACUGUGUUGUUAUAAGUUCUGGGAGACUAAUCAGUAAACUUCUUGUCCUCCUAUUGGCAUUCAAUGAUGCUGUGUUUUUGGGGCUCAUGUUGUUGUCCAGUGGCUACAUGAUAUUUAUCCUGCUCUAA